AUGAAAACUAGAUUCUGGGAGGAUAAGUGGAUUCUUGAUGAGGCAUCAUGCAAUGUUUUUCCUCAUCUCUAUGCAGCUGCAAGAUCCAAGUUUAAAUCUGUAGCAGAUAUAUGUGUUGGCAAUCUUACAUAUUUUUUUCAAAAGAUGCUACUUCCUAGAAGAAUAUAUGUCCAAGCUAAUAUCAUAGGCUUAAGGAGACCUAGAUCCAAAGAUAAAUUAAGAAGUUUAGUUAAAAAUUUUAGUCCUACAUUAGUUUGGGUGGUGGAGCCAAAAGUGAAAUGGAAUUCUAAUGACUGCAAAAGUCUUAAACUAGCAGGUAUGAAUCAAAAAGUAAUUCGUAAUUCAAUAGAUGGUAUUAAAGGAAAUAUUUGGCUUUUCUGGAGUGCUUCUAUAACUGAACCAAAGGUGAUUUCAAUAACUAGACAGGUGAUUACUGUGAAUGUUGGUGGUGUUCUAGUUUCUGGAAUUCAUGCAGCUUCACUUACAGUUGAUAGAAGAGAAUUAUGGAAUGAAUUAAUGGUAAUAAAUUCCAUGGAUUUACCUUGGAUGUUAAUUGGGGAUUUUAACACAGUUUUAAGUGCAGAUGAAAAAAUAGGGGGAAGAUCUCCUUUAAGAGCAGCUAUGCAAGAUUUCCAUGCAGUGAUCAAUUUUUGUAGUUUAGUUCAAUCUCCAAGUUCGGGUCUACAAUUUACAUGGAGUAAUAAUAGAGCAGGUGUAAAAAGAAUUGUUUGUACUUUGGAUAGGGCUUUGUAUAAUGUCAAGUGGAUUGAGAAAUAUCCUACUUGGUGUUACAAUGUUGUAAUAAGAAAUAUAUCUGAUCAUAGUCCGCUUUUGGGGUCUUGUGUAAUGAUGCCUAAACCUAAAAAUAUUCCUUUUAGAGUUCUAAAGAUUUGGCUGGAGCAUGAAGAUUUCAAAAGACUAAUCAAUGAAGUUUGGAAUGAAGAUUUGCAAGAUGCUGAAAAAGAAGUUUUGAAUUCUACAAUUCUUUCAGACCAAGACCCAAGUAAUAUUUCACUUUUAAACAAUCUGGUGGUGGCAAGAGGAAAACAAGAGAUAUUAACUAGGCAACAUCAUUCAAUAUUGCAACAGAAGCCAAGAAUUAGAAAUGCUGCAAAUACUAUAAUUGAAAUUGAAGAUGAAGAUGGAUCCAUCAUAAAUGAACAGUUGUUGAUUGCAAAAUCUCUUGAGAAUCAUUUUAAGGAGAAAUUCAAAUUCAAGGAAGUUAACUUCAUGGAAGGAAUUUUUUAUACAAUCCCAGAGGUUAUAAAUGCAGAAGACAACAUGAUGUUAGAGAGCAUUCCUUCAGGCCAGGAAAUCAAAAAUGCAAUUUUUUCUCUAAAUGCUGAUAGUGCUCCUGGGCCUGAUGGCUUUCCAAGUUUUUUCUACAAGUUUGAUUGGGAAAUAAUUGGAGAAGGUGUUAUAAAAGCUGUGCAAUCCUGUUGGAGAAAAGGUAUUAUUCCAAGAGGACUCAACUCUAAUUUUCUAUUCCUAUUACCUAAAGUAAAAUGUGCUAGAAGACCAACUCAAUUUAGGCCUAUAGGAUUGAGUAAUUUCAGCUUCAAGAUAUUUACAAAGAUAAUGACAUCAAGAAUGAAUGGGUUGAUGGAGAAAUUAGUGUCUGAACAACAAGGAGCCUUCAUAAAAAACAGAUGCAUUCAAGAACAAAUUGUUUUAGCAUCUGAAAUGAUAAAUGAAUUAGAUACCAAGAGGAGAGGUGGAAAUGUAGGAUUAAAAUUGGACAUAACACAAGCAUAUGAUUCAUUAAGAUGGGAAUUCUUAUUUGAAGUUAUGGUAAAAUUUGGUUUCUCUCAAAAGUACAUAAAAUGGUUACAUCAAUUGUUCACUUCAGCUAGAGUUUCUGUCUUAGUGAAUGGAGGUCCAGUUGGUUUUUUUGAAGUGAGUAGAGGGUUGAGACAAGGUGAUCCAUUAUCACCAAUUUUGUUUGUAUUAGCUGAGGAUGUUUUGAGCAGGAGUUUAAGCAAAAUGGUUGAGGAAAAUAGGAUUGCUCCAAUGGUUAACUACAAAGGAGUACACCCUACCCACAUUCUAUUUGCAGAUGAUGUCUUUCUUUUCUUCAAUGGGCAUAAAAGGAAUAUACAAAAGGUAAUGAAAUUAUUAAGUGAUUAUCAAUCAUCCUCAGGCCAAGUCAUAAAUCAAAUGAAGAGCAAGCUUUUUGUAGGAGGAAUAACUGAAGCCAGGAAGUACCAAAUUGCUAAUGAGCUUCAAAUGAAUCUUUCUUCAUUCCCAGACAAGUAUUUGGGAGUAAACUUGAAACCAGGAGCUGUGAGGUCAAGUACAGUUUGGUGUGUGGUGGAAAUGAUACAAAACAAACUAACUGGUUGGAUUGAGAAGAUGUUAUCAUUCAAGGACAUACUAACCCUUAUCAAAUCAAUUUUGUGUAGCAUUCCCAUUUAUAACAUGUCAGUCUAUAAGUGGCCUACAAGUGUAGUGAAAACUUGUGAGAAACUUAUAAGAAACUUUCUAUGGACAGGGGAUCCAUAUGAGAGAAAAUGUAUAACUUUAAAGUGGAAUGAAACAUGUUCACCAAUGGAGGAGGGUGGUUUGGGCAUAAGGAGAAUGGAAGUAAUAAACAAGGCUUUACUGAUGAAAUUAGUAUGGAAGAUACAAAAUUCUGAAGUUGAAUGGGCAAGAUUUAUGAGAGCAAAGUAUAUAAAGGCAGAUGGUGAAUGGAUUUCAGGUUAUAAAAAGUCUUCAGUAUGGCCAGGUUUGAAAUGGGUACUAGAUGAAGUAAAGUUACAUACUAGAUGGAUCACUGGUUCAGGCGAGCAAAUAUCAGUAUGGAGUGAUGCUUGGAUAAAAGAUAAACCACUUAAUGAGAUAUAUGAAGAGGAUGAAUAUAUGAUGCAGAACAAAAACAUGAAAGUUGCAGAGUUGAUUGUUGCUGGUGAGUGGCUGAUUCCUUCUAGAAUGCUUCAAUAUUUUCAAGUAGAAGAAUUACCUGUUUUAUCAAAAACAAAAGAUACUAGGGUUUGGAAUGGAACUAUGUCAGGUGAAUUCACAGUACACUCAGCUGUUGAAUGUAUUAGAGAGCAUUAUCAAAAGGUGACAUGGGCAAGACAUGUUUGGAAUCCUAUUCUUCAUCCAACAACAGCAAGCAAUGUAUGGAAGAUAGUGAGGGGUAUCUGCUCAACUGAUGAAAAAAGAAAAAGCAAGGGUUGCAGUUUAGCAUCAAAGUGCUAUAUGUGUGGUGUUGAUUCUGAUAAUCUUGAACAUAUAUUAUGGUUUUGUAAUUUCAGUCAGAUAAUAUGGAAAUGGCUAGGUGGUAUCUUCUUGUUCUGCAACCCUGAAUCAUAUGAAGAUGUUAUGAACUUUGCAAAGAAUAAAAGUGGAGCUGUAAAGGAUAUAUGGUUACUGGUUGCUUCCAUUACAAUGAUGGAGCUAUGGUUCUUAAGGAAUAGAAUUUGCUUUGAAGAAGAGAAAGUAAACUUGGGUAAUUUCAACAGAAGAAUAAAACAGUAUACAAAAGUCUGUGCAGUGAGAAUAAAAAUCUAUAUGUGGGAGUGUAGCUAUGAUUACAUGGUCUUUAAGAAUUUUGAUCUUAAACAUCAACCAAUAAAGCCUCAAAGAAUUAUUGAAGUGAGUUUCUUCUUACCUGCAAGAGAUCAGAUACUCAUAUGUUUUGAUGGGUCAUCUAGGGGCAAUCCAGGUGCAGCAGGAUAUGGUUUUGUGUGCAGAGAUGAAAUGGGAGGUUGUAUAUAUGCUGAAGCUAUUGGCUUGGGAAUUGCAACUAAUUACAUUGCAGAAUUAAUGGCUAUUACAGGCGCAGCUGAAUGGGCUAUACAGAACAACAAACUUGAUAUAUGUAUUAACUCUGAUUCUAAAGCAGCAGUGAGUGCAUACAUAUCAGGAAGACUGCCUUGGUUCAUGCAGGUAAGAUGGAAGAGAUUAAAGGAUCUAUUGAAUAAUAUCAAACUUGUACAUAGCUUGAGAGAAGUAAAUUUCUCUGCUGACUCCAUGGCAAAGAAGGGUGCAGGAUUGGUGAGAGGGGGAAAGAUCAUUUUCAAUUCAUAA